GAGUUACCGUUCUUGCUAAGGCGUCACGAUUUCACUGUUCAGACAACACCUCGUAGAUCGUAUUAUCCUCAUAUCAUCGAACACAUAGAUACGUGAUAGUCCAAUUUUAAAGUUUAAAAGACAGAAAACAAACAAAGAAACAAAACCCGAUCUGAAAAAAAAUUGUCCAGAAGUUGAGUUGAGAAGAAGAGCUGCGUAGGAAUGACCUUUACAUUGAGAACGCGGGUUUGCCAGAUGAGCUGAUUUUGCUGGUGUAUGACGGUUGAACGAGAAUUUUCGUGAUCAUUUGUGAAGGUUGUUUACCCCUUUGUGAACCUCUUUGUACAGGUCCGUCCAAAAGAAAGGACAAUGGGAGAACAAUUCAUCAACAUUAAAGACUUAAAACCUGGACAAAAGAACAUAAAUAUUAUGUUUAUUGUACUGGAGAUUGGUGCUCCAACCAGAACAAGGGAUGGCCAUGAUGUGAGAUCAGUUAAAGUUGCAGAUAAAACUGGAAGCAUAAACAUCUCUAUAUGGGACGAAACCGGUGAUCUCAUGCAGACUGGGGAUAUUUGUCGCCUUACUAAGGGGUACUCAAAUGUUUGGAAGAGUUGUCUCACUUUGUACACUGGAAAAUCAGGCGAAGUUGUCAAAGUUGGAGAGUUUUGUAUGCAGUUUUCAGAGACACCAAAUAUGAGUGAACCAAAGCCAGAAUACUCCAACAACCCAAAGGCAGACCAAACAGGCCAAAGAAAAUCACCCACAGAAUCAAACGAUGGGAAACCCCCGCUGAGGGCCCCACAAGGGACACCACCAGGCAGACCCCAGGGUGAAGGUACAGGUAAUCCUGCAGGCUACCCCAACAGUCACCCUCCAAGGCCUGGCAUGAUGCCAAAUCAGCAGAUGCAGCCCCGCCCCCCAAUGAUGACAGGGAUCCGCCCUCCCCCACAGAACUACCACCCCCAGGGACCUCAGAACAUGAAUGGACGACCUCCACACAGAGGAAUGAGAAGAUGACCUAGAUUUCAGCCAGCUUUAUUAUAUUCUGUUUAAGUGAUUGACCCCAUCCCCUAUACACGUCAUAUGAAAACAGCAUAAUAGGCCAAUCAAAUUGGUACAUACAUUGAGAACUAAGGCUAAUGCAAGAGAUGAUUUCUGCCAGAAGCAUAGCUUCUCUACAUUGGGGAUUAAAUUCUCCUUGCUUUAAGAUUUUACAAAAGAACAGUUUCAGUGCUUUAAUAUCUUUAAUACUAUAUUAUUUUUAAGUGAUAAGUCAAAAAAAAAAUCAUUACAUUA